UUCAAAUCUCCCAUCUCCGAUCUCUAUAUGGUCCCUCCCCUGAAUCUACAGGAGAGCUUGUGCUGUGCUGUGUUGUGUUUCUGUCCUUUCGGAGGGUAGCCCUAACCACCAUCCCUGUAAGUCUCCGAUCCGACUCCCCGACCAGCUCAAACAAUGCUCCGACCAAGUCACUUGGUCCCCAAUAAAAAUGCAUUCGACUCCUUCCCUGUCCAGCCUCAUAUCUCAAUGGAUCCCAAGCAAAGCGCACGAACGUGACACUUUUGAUCUCUCUUUCAUCUCACGGUCAGCAUGUCUGAACAAGCUCCCGUUGACCCCUCUGCCAGCUCGGCAUCCACCGAGCAGAGUUCCAGUGAACAGGAAAAGCAAAAAAAGGCCGGUCCAUCGUUUGAAAGGGGCUUCCGCUUCUGGAUAAUUAUCGCGACUCUCUGUGUGAUCGGCAUUCUGAGUGCCCUCGAGAACACGGUGGUGACCACCUCCUUGCCGCACAUCGUCACGGAACUGAACAUGGGUGGGAACUACAUCUGGGUGACGAAUGUGUUCUUCCUGACCAGCGCCGCGGUACAGCCUCUGUUCGGCCAGCUGGCCAACAUCUUUGGCCGCCGAUGGAUCACCCUCGUGAUUGUCUCUCUGUUCACCCUCGGAAGCGGGAUCUGUGGUGGAGCUCACAAUGGCGCAAUGCUGAUUGCUGGCCGUGCCGUGCAGGGGAUGGGCAGUGGUGGGAUCAAUAUGAUCGUGGACGUGAUUGUAUCGGAUCUGAUGCCCCUGCGCGAGCGAGGAAACUACAUGGCUUUUGUCCUCCUGGUAUACUUCGUCGGGACAGCAUUGGGACCGUGGAUUGGAGGUGCUAUUGUGGACAACUCGACCUGGCGAUGGGUAUUCUAUAUCAACCUCCCGGUUGGAGGAGUAUCCUUGGCCAUGAUCUUCUUCUUCCUCCAUGUUCGAUCGAACAAAGAGAUGAGCUUCCUUCAGAAGAUCCGUCGCAUCGACUAUAUCGGAAACACCAUUCUCAUCGCAUCGACGGUCUCGGUGCUCUUCGCGCUCACCUACGGAGGGACCAAGUAUGACUGGUCAUCGUGGCACAUCCUCGUCUCCCUCAUUCUUGGCCUCGUAGGGUUGCUGAUCUUUGUCGCCUUGGAAAACUCUCCCUGGAUCCGCGAACCGGUGGUCUCACCGCGACUCUUUGGCAACCGCACCUCAGCCACCGUGUUUGCAGCCACUUUCUUGAACUCUGCGUUGUUGUAUUGGGUGAUGUUCUUCCUGCCGGUCUACUUCCAAGCCGUCUUGGGCGCCUCCGCGGAGCGGUCUGGGGUACAGGUCCUCCCCAUCAUUGUCGUGGCUGUGCCCGCGGCCGUUGUCGCCGUCCUCAUCCUGGCCAAAUUUGGCCGUUAUAAGCCCCUCCACCUGAUUGGUUUUGCAGUCUGCACCAUUGGGCUGGGUCUCUUCACUUUGUUCGAUCGGAACAGCACCAUUGCCGAAUGGGUCAUCUUCCAGAUGAUCGCCGGGGGUGGAUCCGGGUUUGUGCUCAACACCCUUUUGCCAGCGUGCCAGACCGGGAUGGCCGAGUCCGACCAGGCGGCAGCCACCGCAACCUGGUCGUUCGUUCGCAGCUUUGGGAACAUCUGGGGCGUGGCCAUCCCCGCCGCGAUCUUUAACAACCGAUUCGAGCAGCUGUCCGGUCGGAUUCCCGAUGCGCAGGUCCGCGAGCCGUUGUCACGCGGGCGGACCUAUGAAUCGGCGUCGGCCAGCUUCAUCCAGUCGUUUUCUCCCGCGCUACGCGAUGAUAUCAUUGGGGUGUACGUGGACGCGCUCAAGCGGGUGUGGCAGAUCUCGAUCGUGUUCUCUGGGGUGUCGUUCCUGCUUGUGUUUCUCGAGAAGGAGAUCAAGCUUCGGACAGAGCUCGAGACGGAGUAUGGGUUGGAGGAGAAGAAAGCGGAACAGGAAGACGUGGAGCAAGCCAAGCAGUAG